AUGGAAGAAGCCGAAGCCAAACGCGCCGCCGUGUGGAUCCCCUCUCCGAUCAUCGUCGGCGCCGGACCGUCGGGGCUGGCCGCCGCGGCGUGCCUGAAGCUCCGCGGUAUCCCCUCCCUAAUCCUAGAGAGAGAAACCUGCAUCGCCUCGCUCUGGCAGCUGAAGACCUACGACCGGCUGAGGCUCCACAUCCCGAAACGCUACUGCGAGCUGCCGUUCAUGCCCUUCCCCCCCGAUUUCCCGACCUACCCGAGCCGCGGGCAAUUCGUCGAGUAUCUGGAGUCCUAUGCGGCGGCGUUCGGGAUCCGGCCGGCGUUCGGGCAGGCGGUGGCGAGCGCGGCGCGGAUCGACGGCGGAUGGAGGGUGAGGACGGCGGCGGGGGUGGAGUACGCGUGCCCGUGGCUGGUGGUGGCGACGGGGGAGAACGCGGAGGAGGUGAUGCCGGAGAUCGAGGGUAUGUCGGUGUUCGGAGGAGCCGUGGGGCACACGAGCGGGUACAGGAGCGGCGAGGGGUACGACGGGAAGAGAGUUCUAGUGGUUGGAUGCGGAAAUUCAGGAAUGGAAGUUGCUUUGGAUCUCUGCAACUAUAAUGCUAAGCCUUCGCUCGUCGUUAGGGAUAAAGUUCACAUUCUACCUAAGGAGAUACUCGGAGCUUCAACUUUCGGGCUAUCAAUGUGGUUGGUGAGAAUGUUGCCGGUUUGUCUCGUCGACCGGGUUUUGUUGGCCGGUUCAUGGUUGACGAUCGGAAAUACGGAGCGGCUUGGGAUCCAACGGCCCAAAUUAGGGCCAAUAGAGCUAAAGACAAAGUUCGGAAAGACUCCGGUAUUGGAUGUCGGAACCCUUCAUAAGAUCAAAAAGGGAUACAUCAAGGUAUUCCCCGGGAUCAAGAGAGUGAGACGUGAUUGUGUAGAAUUCAUGGAUGGAAGAACAGAGAAAUUUGACGCAAUAAUAUUAGCAACGGGUUACAAAAGCAACGUGCCAUCAUGGCUAAAGGAUAACAAGAUGUUCUCUGAGAAAGACGGUCUUCCAAAAUGUUCAUUCCCGAACGGCUGGAAAGGCGAGCACGGUCUGUAUGCAGUGGGGUUCACCCAACGCGGUCUUCUUGGGGCAGCCUUAGAUGCUAAGAACAUUGCAAAGGACAUAGAAAAAUGUUGCAAAAAGAGUUUUAAUUAA